AUGGCCUCCACCACCACUUUCCCCCCUCCCCCUCCCCUCGGCGAGUCCCAGGCCGGCCACGUCCCGGACCAGGGCCCCGCCAAGAUCCACCUGUGGACCGCCGGCACGCCCAACGGCUACAAGGUGUCGGUCCUGCUCGAGGAGCUCCGCGACGCGUACCCCGAGGCAGCCAAGAACGAGCUCAGCUACGACGUUUCCAAGAUUAGCAUCUGGGAGAACCAGCAAAAGCACCCCGACUUCCUCAAGAUCAACCCCAACGGCCGCAUCCCUGCCAUCAUCGACGACAACGUCACCUCGGUCAAGGGCGGAUUCCCCGUCUGGGAGAGCGCGAGCAUCGAGCUCUGGCUCGUGGAGCAGUACGACAAGGAGAACAAGCUGUGGUUCGCCGACCCGCUCCUCCGCGCGCAGGCGCUGAACUGGAUUUUCUUCGCUCACGGCGGCGUGGGACCCAUGCAGGGUCAGACGCACGUCUUCUUCCGGUACGCGCCCAUCAAGAUCCCCUUUGCCAUCAAGCGCUACCACGAGGAGACCAAGCGCCUCUACUCGGUCCUCGAGGACGGCCUCAAGGCCGGUGCGGGCAAGUGGCUCGUGGGCGACAAGUACUCCGUUGCCGACAUCAACGUGUUUGGCUGGGUCCGCUCGGCCGUCUGGGCCGGUAUCGACCUCGCCGACUUCCCGCUGCUCAGCGCCUGGGCCGACCGCAUCGAGAAGCGCCCAGCUGUCCAGAGGGGUAUCUCGGUCCCGGACGCGCCCAAGGACCUGAGCUCGAUCAAGGACGAGUCGGUCAAGGACGUCAACGCGUGGGUCGACAAGGCUAAUGCCGAGCUUGAGGAGAUCAAGAAGCAAAAGGAGGCCACGGCGUAA